UCUCUUGGCACAGCCCCAUUCCAGCUGAUCUGCCCUGCUUCCCGGUGCACAUACGCGGAAUCGUUCGUGGUCGUGUUAACACCGAAUUCCUUUUCAUUCCGAGCCUGACGGCUUCUGUACUCAUCUGGGACAACGAGAACAUUUGAUGGCCUUCGGGUUUCUGGACCUCGGACAGUCUUUGUGAAGCGUAAUUUCCAACGCCCGGUUUUGGCUUGAGUCCCAUAACGGAUAGGCCGCUUCUUCGUCCUCGGUUUAAACUAUGGGGGACACGGGCAGUGAGCGCAGCAAGCCGCCCAGUUUACCGCCCCGAUGUCCCUGUGGAUUCUGGGGCUCCAGCAAGACAAGGAACCUCUGCUCCAAAUGCUUUGCAAACAUACAGAAGAAGCAGCCGGAUGAGGACUGUGCUCCAGGACCUAGCUCCAGCUCUGGCAGCAGUCAUUCCUCAGCCUUUAGCAAGGACAUCAGCAGCAGUAGCAUCAGUAGCCAUUCGCUUCCAUCAGACCCCAUCAAGUUAGAGCAGAUGACGGCAGAAGACAAAGGAACCGUAUUAAUGCCCGUACAGGAGAAGGCUUCCAGCACAGACACAGGCUCGGGUACGCUGCUGUCAGCCUCCAAACGGCCCCACGACUCGGACACUGGGCCAGAAGAGGAGGCGACGGCGGCGAAGAGGGCGAGGCCCAGUGAGGAAGGUGCGUCCCACGGCGGGCAGAAGCAGAGGAGCCGGCGGCGAUGCCACUGCUGCCAGAGCAAACUGGAGCUGGUGCAGCAGGAGCUGGGCCUGUGCCGCUGUGGUAACGUCUUCUGCAUGCUGCACCGUCUACCCGAGCAGCAUGACUGCCGUUUCGACCACCUGGGCCGCGGUCGCCAGGAGGCCGUGCUUAAGAUGGUAAAGCUGGAUCGCAAGGUGGGCCGGUCAUGCCAGCGCAUCGGGGAGGAGUGUUCCUGAGUGGAGCAGAGACAGAGAAAUAAAGGGGGAAAAGGAGGAGCAGGAGCUCCUGAUCCACUUUGACUGGGCCGUGACCCAGCUCUGUAUGCCUCUUAACUCCUAAACUACCCCCACCCUCCUUCGCUCCCAAGCAGAUGCAGCAUAGAACACCUGUAGCCUGAGAUGUGCCCUCCAAUCGGGUCACACGGUUUACGUGGGGCCCCCCUGACUGGACCCGGCAUCUGAUCUCACUCAGCCUUAACUUCAGCAUGGACCCCGUGAAGGAGCCGACCCUACAUCCUACUGCUUUUUCUCCAUGGAGUGAAAAGUGACAAACUUCAAAAAAAUAACUGCAGAUGCAAACUUUCUUGAGGUGGAGGAACGGGGAACAGAAUGCAUGCUUGUUUGUGGCCCUAAGUGGGAAUCGACCCCAUGCCUCUGAAGCUGGCUGAUAGCACACACCCCCCAAGUCGUCCUGUAUGCACCUGACAUGGAAUGGUGCCUGGAAGUCCUCCUGUUCUGUCGGACGGGUUGGGGUCAUCACCUUCCCAGGGUGUCAUUCUGGAUGUAUCACUGGUGCACUUUGUCACAGCGUCUGGCAGUCAGUCGGCACCCAGCUUCCGAAAGUGAGCUAGACCCUCGACACUCUGUCCUGACUCAUUCUAUGGAUGGGUUGGACUGUUACAUCAUUGAAGGCAAGGCUCUUGGAGUCAAAGGGCAUUUUCUCCUUGGUCUCCCCAUUAAAGUCUCUCUCUCUCUCUCGUUCUCUCUCUCGUUCUCUCUCUCUCUCUCUCUCUCUCUCUCUCUCUGCCGAUGAGUAAUGGACUUGACGCCACAUAAUGGGAAUGUGGUACACGUGUAUAGAUGAACAUCAGCCUGCUUUCUGACUGCCUUCUAGAAUGGCCUUGUUGUACAGGUGGAUGUUGGCGAGUGAUCGGGGGCUGGUCACACAGGGAGUAUGAGAGUGCAGCACAUGGUACCACAGACCUGGUUGAUGUGCUGACGAACUCCACCAGAACCAGCGUAUGCAAGACAUUAACAGCCUUUUAUUCAUUUGGAAUGUGUGCUCUAAACUGCAUUUGUCAAGAGUGGGUGACUUUCUCCUUCCUCAUUUACCGGUUUUAGUCCGGUUGUCAUUUGAAAAUGAAGUAUAUUUGACAGUGGCUGCUGUUUUACCAUUAUAUUCAGAAAGUGAUCUAUUUUGAUGCUGGAUGCUGGCGAGGGGGUUGGUGGUGAAUCACAGUAAGUAGUAAGGAUGCGGAUUUCAGUCGGAAAUAUAUUUGAAGCAGUUCAUUUAAGCUGCAGGAUAAAGGCUUGGGUUGAAGACCAACAGACCAGCGGCUUGCCAGGAAGCUGGCAGGAGUUGGACGCCCCCCUGUCCUGAAAUGCCUCGCUCACGCCACCCUGCCUUACUUGGUCUCCUGUCCUCUUUGGCUCCUGUUCCCCAUGAGGAGUGAGUGCUGCCCUUUUAGCUCUGACCUCUUCUCCCCGUCCGGUCGGGGUCCGGCACUGACUUAGGAGGGGCUGGAGAAGGAUUUUCAGCUUUUUUUUUUUUGUCAGAGCUAUACUCACAACACAGAAAGACCUUAUUGUCACCCAGCAUCUUAAAUGAUAACUCUUAUUUAACACUGUUGUUUAAUUACUUGUUUUAUUUUUGUUUCAGAUUUACAGUAGCAUUUUGGUUAAAAUUGUGAACUAAAACUGUUCUGGAACUUUCUUUGCCUUUUGCCCCUUUUUUUUUGCUUAAAAAGGUAAAUAAACUGGAUUGAAAGUU